UUACACUUUACUCAAUAUUACUGUUAAAAUUAGUCAAUUUCAUUUACUCUGAAAGACACAUGUGUUACAUGGCUAAAAACAAAUUGCAGUAUUUUUACUAUUUUUUCAAUAGAGAGCAUUAGUAAAACACCGAGAAUUACUCCAAGCGGUAACCAUGUGCACAACAAUCUAAACCAUAGGGAGUUUAAAAUUUAAAUUCGUACACAACACAAUAUAUUUACCAUGCCUCAAGAAUUAGAGAGCAGUGUACCUUUAAAUUCAAAUAAUGGUAAAAUUAUUAGACCACAUGAAGAUGUAGUGCUGCGAAUUGAUGCAAAUAGGCCUCCAGAUGGUGGAUUAAAAGCCUAUUCAGUUAUGAUCGGGUCAUUUUUAACAAAUGGUUUAAUUUUUGGUGUUAUAAAUUCGUAUAGUGUCAUAUAUACAGUCCUUCUGAAGAAUCUUAAGGAUGCUAAUGUCCCCAAUGCAGAUACUAAAGCAGCUCUGGUGGGUUCUCUCACGAUGGGAACCACCUUUCUGCUGUCACCGCUAUCCGGAGUCCUCACGAGCGUCAUGGGUUUACGACUAACAGCAACUUUAGGGGGGACGAUAGCUACUACAAGCCUUGUUAUAUCUUCGUUUCUCACGAGUCAUGUAGAUGUUCUAUUAUUUACGUAUAGCAUAUUGUAUGGCUUAGGGGCGUCCCUCGCAUACACACCGUCACUCGCGAUUCUUGGACACUAUUUUCAAAAAUAUUUAGGUCUCGUCAAUGGCGUAGUUGCUAUUGGCAGUUCUGUAUUCACUGUGAUCAUGCCGCCUAUGAUGACAUAUGUCAUACAAAACUACGGCCUACCAUGGCUUUUUAGGAUUCUAGCUGUGUUAACUUUCGGUAUAGCCUUAUGUGGCUUGUUAUUCAAACCCGUCUCAGUUGUUGUAAUAGAAAAGCCAUUGACAAAAGAAACUGCAUGUUCAACUCUCCUAAAGGCCGUAGUAAAUGUGCAAAUUUGGAGAAACCGCAAGUAUAGAUUAUGGGCUAUUUCAAUGCCGAUUGCCUUAUUUGGAUACUUUGUACCCUACGUACACAUACAGAAAUUUAUUCUACAGCAAUUCCCAAACGCUCAAGUUAAUUUACCAUUGCAGUGUAUCGCUGCAGCGUCUGGUGUUGGAAGACUCGUAUUUGGAUACAUGUCUGAUAGGGAAGGUGUUGACAGGAUAAUGUUACAGCAGUUGUCGUUCUAUGUAAUAGGAAUCCUGACAAUACUUUUGCCUUUUGUCAAAUCUUUCGUCUUAUUGAUUUUUGUUACGCUAGGAAUGGGGUUAUUUGAUGGCGCGUUCAUAGCGCUGAUCGGGCCCGUAGCUUUCCAAUUUUGCGGUAGCACGUACGCAGCACAAGCGAUAGGAUGUAUGUUAGGCCUAGCCGCAGUUCCACUGUCAAUAGGACCGACUAUAGGUGGAUAUCUUUUUAGCAUCAACCAAUCGUAUACUUUACCAUUCGUGCUAGCUGGAGUUUCGCCAAUAAUAGGAGCUACGCUGAUGUUUUUACUCCGACUAAGAAGCAGCAGUAAAUCUCUAGAGAUGAAUGGAAAUAUCUCACGGAACUCUAUUCAUGUUGAUACUCCACCGACGCCGCUCCUCCAGUCGGACGGGAAACGUCAGCAGUCUUCGUUAUAACCCUGGCUGCUGCAGCGCCAGAUGAUGCGGCAACGUUAAGUGAAUCUCUUUGUGUCUCUACUAUUUCUAAUGAACCGAACGAUUCAGCUUUACGAACACACAUAUCUUUAAUUAUAACUCUAAGAUCUUUAAUAUUACCCGAACAAUGCUACGCAAUUUGUAACGCAUUGCUUCAUUCUGUUAUUUAUAUUGAUUUAUAACAUUUUAUGCAAUUCGUAUACGAUAGACCAUAAUUUAGAUUAAGGAUUGGUCUCCGCUGCGCUUUAACUAGAUACAUCACUACCUAAGAACAAUAGUAUUUUAUUACGGCAACUUUAUAUUGAAGUGUGUAUUGGCUAUUUGUAAAGAUGCUUGUGUGCGUGGCAUCUUGACACUCAAUGGCAUCUUUCAAGUUUUGUAACUUAUAUACGCUUCGUGUUAUUUUACAUUGAAAUUAAUAAAAUACUUACUGAUGAUACGCAACCCGGCAUUAAAGUUUCAAUUAUUAGUAGGUAUAGUUAUCUGAACAUGUGGCACGUCAACGUCACAUUUUGUUCGGGUGGCUCGAUAUGUCCACUUGGGCGUAGUAUUGGUUGCCGCACUUUGCGACUACGCCUGCGGUAUCUAGUUAGAGUGCACCGGAGACUAAUUCUUCAUCUGAAUACCACAUUUUAUGAUACUGUAUUUAGUCUAGGUAUGUUGUAGUGUUAAGGGCAAAAGAUGAGAACUUCAUAAAAACUACCAACACUUUAUUUAGCUUAUAAGUAUAAAAGAUGUGAAAAGUGAUCCCAAAAGACUUUUAAAGAAAACCCACACAACUUACACGCGAUAUGAUUUUUCGGUCUUUGUUGCUACAAUGUUACGGAACUAAUUAUUUAUGUGUCGAAGAGACCAUUCCAUUUGAAAUGUGUAAUUGUAUAAGAACAAUUGAUUCUAUGUGCGUCGCACUGACCUGUAUAAAUACCACUGGACAGGCUGUUCCAUAUGUUUGACUGCAAUUUUUUUGUGUCUGUUUGAAGCGCCACUCGCUAGCGUCCAGAGAACUAAUUUUGACAAAAUAUAAUACAAAGGCUGCGAAGGCACGUACAUUACUCUGAACUAUUUUUGCAUUUUGAAAUAAUUUCGUUCGUUUUCCGUUUUAUUUAUACUUCAAGAAUCAACGUAAUAAAGUACACAUUUUUUUUUUGUAAAUAUUUUUCCACCAUCUAUCGAUGUUUGCUGAGGUUGUCAUCACUAGUUUUAGUACCGCAUACUGUCGCUACAUGGCCAACAGCGCCAAAAUGGCGACUAUCAAACAGGAACAAAAGCACUUUGACAGCUGCCAGUCCAGUGGUAUAUAUGUAAUAGAGUUCAGUGGUGAGUCGUUAGAAGUGGUCCGCUCCAUCGUACAAUAUACAACACUCUGUACUUUUUAAUUACUCUUGUAAGGCUGGAUCCAGAUAUAUCAAAAGAGUGCGAUAGUAAACUGAAAAACGUAAGAGGUGGUAAAAUUAGUAAAUUCUUUAAUAUAAUAAUAAUAUUGACACACUUUUAUACAAAAUAUCUUGCCCCAAAAUAGGCAUAGCCUUUACUAUGGGUACAAGACAACGAUAUAUUUAAUACAAUAUACUUACUUAAACAUACAUAAAUACAUGACUUGGAAACAAACAUCUCUAUGAAUCAUAUAAAUGAUUGCACCCGGUCUCGAACCCGGGACCUCUAGCUCAGUAGUCAGGGUCACUAACCAGUUUAAUUACUCGCUAAGCAAUUUAUUGCUGGUCGAUUAUAUGAAUUACGUGUGUGUUUGUAAUGUAUAAGUACAUUUACUAAUACAUUGAUACAUAGGGUCAAUAGUCACGCAUAAAUAGAUCCCGUUAUCAAUUCGUAUUGAUUCCACUAGCCAGAGCACAUCACGACUGCUUUGACACAAUAAUAAACUGUCGAUACAAUUGUAUCAAUUAAAUAUUACAUCUAGAACAGUCUUUCCCAAACAUUACUCUGCCGUGGCCCGACAAUUUCCACACUGCCACUUUAUUUUAAUGAAAGUUAGGGACGAGACGAACAGGACGUUCAGCUGAUGGUAAUUGAUACGCUCUGUCCAUUACAAUGCAAUGAAAUACCCAAAUAUUCUGAUCGGCACUAUAACUGCGCUCCUUGAGACAUAAGUUAUCAAGUCUCAUUUGUCCAGUAAUUUCACUAGCUACGGCGCCCUUCAGACCGAAACACAGUAAUGCCAACACAUUACUGCUUCACGGCAGAAAUAGGCGCCGUUGUGGUACCCAUAAUCUAGCCGGCACACGGUGCAAAGGAGCCUGCAUGACCCAACUUACUUUUAAACCCAAAUCAAAUUAAUAUACAUUUAUUAAUAGUAAAAAUGAUUAAAAGUACUACAUACUUUGUUAUCGCCUAUUUAUUUAGUGGGAAGUGUAGCUGCUGUUUCUUUUUUACUAACGAUUCCAAGUUCGCGAUAAAUUAAUAGUUUUAUUCUAUGGAAAAUUUAUUGAAGUAGGCGUUACUUUGCGGAAAUCCAUAAUUAUAUAAAUGAUUUGAGUUUUCUUUCUAUUCUGUCUAUCUCGCCAAAAUCUGGCAUGAGACUAACUGAGUCUCGUGCCAGAUUUUGGCGAGACAACAUGUUCUGAGGAUGCCUCGUGUAGAGGCGAAACACGUGUCGAAUUGUUUAAAGACAAAUAUUGGCGGAAUUAACACUAAAGAAAACUCAAAUCAUUUAUAUUAAUCUAUGGAGUUUUAUUUUAAAACAAGGCGGGAAUGUUGCGACCCGGCAUUUUAUUUAGAUCACCAUUUAAUGGGAAACCCUGGUCUAGAAUGCUAUUUUCACUCUUCAAACGUAACUAUGUUUAUGUUUACUAAUAUGAGCUGAGAAUUAAGAAUUACUUGGAAUAUUUAUGCGGUGGCUAAGAUUAAAAUAAUAUUUUAAUAAUGUAACAAUACUUAACUGACAUAAUUUUUUACCUUAUCACUAUAAUAAUUAUUAUCUCCUAAUAUACUAACUUUGUAGGGUGCUGUAUAGACUAAUUAUUUAUAACAUUAAUUACAUAAUAUAUUUUUGAGGAUCAUUAGACCAAAUACAAAUUGGAAAGCAUUUAUAAUAUCUUAUUAAGUUAUCAUUACUCAUUGUCAAAAUAAAUAUAACUUAAUUUUAUUACUAUGGUUAUCUUGUAGUGGAAAACACUGAAUUGCUUGAUAUUUAAGUUAAACUUAUUUUACUUAGUAACUUGUGUACGACAAAUGCCUUUAAUAUAGGGUAGGUGCCUGCAUAUAGCUGUUAGGUCAUAACUCGAAUAUCUUUGUUAUUUUCUUAAGUUUAUUUUAAGUUAUUAACAUUAAAUUAGGGUUCUUUUUAUUCUUUAACUACUCCAAUACCUAUUGAUUUUGCACUAUCAUAGCCAUUUAUGUCCAGAAUUGGAGCAAGAUUGUACAAUUAUAGUAUUUUUUUUCUAUAAAAAUAAUAUAUUGAUUGAAAUAAUUUUUUUAUAAUUUUUUUUGCAUUUUAUGAGUGUUUACCUCAAAGAAGGUUUGAGAAAAGAUGCGUUUAAAUAAUAACGAUUUAAAUCAAAUAGUAAUAAAUCAAUACCUAGUUAAAAAAUAAAUUACAGAUAUAGCUGUACUUGAAAAAGGUUCGAAGCUUAUAACGGUGUGAAUAUUGCUUAAGUUUGUUUUUAUAAAAAGUCAUUGCCUAUAAUGAUCAAAAUCUUUGCAAAAAUAUCGAAUUACAAGAAUAACUGUCCAACGCCCCUUGCGAAUGCAGUGGAACUAAUUUAUGUAUAACAAAAUAUAUUGAACUAGCUGACCCGACAGACGUUGUUCUGUAGAUAAUGAAAAAUACUGUUUUAUAUGAAAUUACCAAUAAUAUUUCAAAACAUCAAGAAUAAUUUCGUAACAAAUGCUCCUUGUUGUUAUAAUGUAAUUGUUUCACAGCAGAACUGUCAAAACGUGCGUCAAUAAAUUCUCUCACAGAAAAUAUGUCCAUACAAAACAAAUAUUGGAAAUAAAAAUAAUUAUGGGUCCCAAAUCGAAAUAAAUAUCAUAUCUCUCAAGUUGGAUUAAACUACACUCCGUGAAGUAAUCCCCUUUAAAAUCCGUUGAUUAGUUUAGGAGUCCAUCGAGGACAAACAACGUGUCACGUAAUUUAUAUAUAUAUUAGAUAGAUGUGGUAACCAGUCCGUCAGUGAAACUGAUUGAUAAUAAAGUGGUUCUCUUGUGGUGCUUUACAGGAUGUCUGAGCUUAAGAUUUUAGUAAAAAUAUCUUGUCUUAGAUAAAAUCUAAUUUGAACUCUAACAUCUUCCCUAAGUAUUAUCGAUAUGUUUGUACAUCUAUCAAAUUAAGAUGUUUAUUAAUAAUAAUAAUAAUAUUGACACACUUUUUAUACAAAAUAUCUUGCCCCAAGUUAAGCAUAUAUAGCCUGUGUUAUGGGUUACAAGACAAUGAUAUAUUUAAUACAAUAUACUUACUUAAACAUACAUAAAUUCAUAUAAACAUACAUAAAAACAUUUAAAUAUCCAUGACUCGGAAACAAACAUCCAUAUUCAUCAUAUAAAUGCUUGCACCUACCGGGAUUCGAACCCGGAACCUCUAGCUUAGUAGGUAGGAUCGCUAACCACUCGGCUAUACAGGUCGUCGUCGUCUAUCAUUAAUAAAAAGUUAAUUAAUGUCUAUUAGAUGACCAGGGGCGUGCAUUGGUUUUCUAGCAAGGUAGGCACUGUAGAUCUAACUAGUCGUAGUUGAGCUUUAGAAUAAGCAAUCUUACCGUAGGUAUUUAGUAUCUAGCGUAAGGAAACAUUUUAUGAGUUGGUGUUCAAAAGAACUUUGGUUAUAACAUAACGGAACAUAAUUAAACUAAAUAAACUUUAACACUAUGUUCAUUUAGGUUCAUUACGAUGUAGGCACUGCCUAAUUGCCUAUAUCAGGGGUGCUCAAGCUUGAACUGCUGGCGAUCUACCUCAAAAUUGUUAGACUACGAUCGAUCGGCUCUGAGAGGCUUCAAGUAUGUGUGAUGAAGGAUUGUCACGAUGACAUAGAUAUUAGUUUUGCGCAUAAUAAUAUGCAUUUUUAGUCAAAGUAAGUGUAGGUCUGCUCUUAAAUGUCAAUGAAAAUACUCAUAAUUAUUAUUCAAAAUUGCGAGUUUAUUGGUUCUUACAAAACAAACGCGUUCUAAAGUUCUAAACUUCUUAGCUAAAUAGUGACUUUGGAUUUUGAAGCGUGACACUGCAUGUCCUGAGCAUACUUUUCAUAAGAUGGUACGUAAUUACCGAUUUUAGUUUAUAAUACCGGAUUUUUUUCUCGAGAUCGACUCAAAAAGCACUCGCCAUCGACCUGUCGAUCCCGAUCGACCGUUUGAGCACCCCUGGCCUAUAUGAUAUGCACGCCUAUGAUUAGAUCAUACAAAAAUCUUCGAAAUAACUUACUAGUUAUUUAAUACAAUAUUGUAGUAGUUUUAGUAACAAUUGUAGUUAGUAAGUAGUAUCAAUAUUUUGUAUUUGUGAUUUAUUGACUAUUGCCUGAUAAUAUUGACAAGAAAAAAAAUACUUUAUACUUAUCACUGGCUAAUGGAUGGCAAAUUAUUGAAACAAAACGUAAAUGAAAUCAGUAAUAUUUUAAAGAAUAGGAUCUUUACAUAAUUUUUGCCUGUUUAAACAAUUUGUGAUUUUAAAGUGAUAACCCUCACUUGGGAUUAAUUACACAAAUUAAAUUUAUAAACAAAAUUUAUGAACGAUGCGUGACUCAAACCUCUGACCUCUCGCGUUCCGAGUGCGACAUCUCAAGUCAAUUUGACAACACAACACAACCUGAGCGUUGAACAAGACAUACAAGAUUUAUCAACUAUACGCCACUCGAACGGUUGACUUAGUGGAAGUCCCGCAUCGUUCGUAAAUUCUUCAUGGCAUGGUAAACGGCGCUGUUGAAUCUUAAAACCCUUUUAUUGUCAAUUAUCUUAUGAAAUACUGCAUAUGCCUGCUGAGACUGUUACAGUUAAAUAGUAUUUUAACAAAUAACUACAUCCACAUAUUUAUUAAAUUAAAUAUAUUCUUUAUUAUUAUCAUAAUUGGUGCCCGCGACGCAUCAGAAUGUCUCGAGGGUGUCUGUUGCUGGCGAGCCAGUUCCACUGUAAGUUGUGUGGUUUUUGAUAUUAUGAAUAAGCAAAGAAAGUACAAUUUUUUAUUUUAUGAAAAUUGGAUUUAUAAACCGAAAUUGAGUCAGUCAUAUUUUGCCUACGUCCCUUGCUUCAUUGUUAACGUGUUCAGGCUUCCAAAUGCAUGACAUGUUCUAUGAUAAUACGAGUUCGUUCCUAUAUUUUUCCACAUUUGUCACAUGUCAUACUCUAACCCCCUUAUUCAUAAUAGUCUGCUAACUUAAAGCAUUGCUAAUUCGCACUCUGUCUUCUUCUAUUGACCUAAGUCAGAAUGAGAAAAAACACUCCUUAGCGGCUGUUUAAAAUUAGCGGACCAUUAUGAAUAAGGGGGUUAUACUGGGCAUAUGAGACUUAACAUCUUGUCUCAAGGUAACGAGCGCAUUUGAAGUGCCGCUAGAAAUUAUGGGUUUUUCAAGAAUCCUGAGUGGAACUGCAUUGUAAUGGGCAAGGCGUACCAUUAACUGAACGUCCUGCUCGUCUCGUCCCUUAUUUUCAUAAAAAAUAAAACAUAAAAAUAAAAACUCAGUCUUACCAAUAAGUUAUCCAAUUCGGAAAAAGUAGUCAGAAAACAUACUGAUGAGGUCCGAGUAUGGGUUGCACACUAUAAUUUAAUUGUACAUAACAUAAAAUACAUCUUCAAUAUUAUACUGAAACUAAAAGACAUAUAUAUGAUGUACAUUUAUAUAAAUGAAUUGCAAAUGAUGUACAACGUCGUAAAAUAUUAUUGAUAUAAACAUUAUUGCAUUUAAAAUCCACCAAAAAUAUCCUACCUUAUACAAGUUAAUAUUAGUUUUACUUAAUGCACAGACUACCUAUAAUAUAUGCGAACCAGAAUAAUAUAAAUCAAUUAUUAAUACAUAUUAUGUAUUUUAUAUUUUAGUUUAGUAGGUAAGUUUUAUUAAAAUGUCGUCCGUCAUAAUAUAUUUUAAUGAUAAAGUUCCUUUAGGUAGUGCAAUAGUUAUUGUGGUUACAUUAUAAAAUUCUAUUAAUGUUUUAUCAUAUAAAUGUAAUAUUUAAUGUUAAAUGUUAGUGUGUUACGCGUUCAUUUCGAGAUUGCUGUCGUCGACUGUUUGAAGUCACAGCUAACGGUACCGAAGACAAAGAGUAUCCUGUUUUUUUUUUUUGACACAGUGCGACUUGAGUGCGAACUUUUAACGAGUGGCGCUGUAGUCACAUUACAUAAAGAAGUUUUUUCAUAGAUGUUGCAUGAGUACGAUUGUUUUGUUAAUAUGAAUAAGUUAGAAUACAUAAUAUAAGUAGAUAAAAAAUUAAAUUAAUGAUAAGGUUAAAUGAAACAUUCUAAAUUUUGACAGCUUUAUUGACUUCUUUAGGCGCGUUAUGAUGAAAUGGUUUGAGUGAAAUAUUAAGAUGCGCGCGCAUCACUGUAACACAAAAGUAACAGGGUGAAGUUGAUUCCUAAAAUUAUUAACAUUAUUUUUUUUGGGUGCUUCGUCCAUUAUUACGCAGGCAAAGGGUUCAAGCCCGUACAGCCGUAUUCGUUAUUUAUUAUUAAUUGUCAAAGCCAUCUUUGCAAGAUUUUUUCAAUAUUGUUAUUUCUACAAGCGUAGAAUAGCAGGUGGAAUAAAUAACUUUAAGGAUUUUUGCUUUGUUACACCAAAGAAGUAUAACUUCUUGCGUGCAUACACUUUUUAUUAAAGUCAGAACAUAAUAUGAAAGAUAUUGUUUGAACUCAAUUAUUUACAAAGGUGCAAACUUAAACUUGCGGCUUAUGUAUCUAUAACUGCUGUACCAGUUACCUAAAUCAUGUAUCUAACGUCCAUUCUCAAUCUAUCAAAAUCUAUCUCCGGUUUUGGCCUACUUGAGAAAAAAAAACGUAACUAUCGUUGACUGUUCUGUCCCAAUAUACUUAUCGACGGUAACUCAUCCGUACACGUUGUCUGUCAAUGAAACGACGUAUAGCUUACCAGGGGUAGAAGUUUGUGUGGAAAUUGCAACAGUGAACUGGCAAUAAGAAUGACUUAUCGGGUAUAUUGGGACAGCCUCAGAUUAUUGACAGCUAAUUACUGACAGUAGAAAUUAGUAAAUUAUCUCGUAAAUCACUCGUUUCUAUACCACUGUCAUCACUCGAUUCUGCUUCUGCUGUUGUCAGUUUCACCGCCCACUGCAAUAAUUAGUUCCCUUUCAUUUAGUUCAGUAGUUUAGCCUAUCACCAUACAUUAGGUAUUGUCAACGUGCUACAUGUCUUUCUGUCAGCCCUCUUCUGUGACCUUCCCUAUUUCGUAACUGAGUGAUUUUUGAUGUUCAGCUACUCUCAAAGUACACCCAAAAUAUUCGAUGGGUUUGAGAUCACAACGGUAUGGUUGCAAUCGUAAAAAUUAAAUUUCAUACUCUUUAUCUGGUUUCUAUCGACUUAUUCAGUAAUAUAAGACUUGUUUCGUCAUUUUAGGCUACAUAGAAUACUGUAUGUCAUUUUCGUGGUGCUAAAGUUGGUGGUUUGUCAAUUUUUCUGAUGUGAUAUAUUGCAUUGUCAAGUACAAGAAUGACAUUAGCAGGUAGGUAAGGUAGAAGGUUUUCUUGCAUAUAUUUUGUGAAAUUCUAGGGCUUUUGUAAUUCUUGAGAGUUUUCCCUUUUUCGGUGUCGUCAAUUUUUAACUUGCGUAUUUAAAGAAACUGCCUAACGGCCGUUCCCAGUAUUCAGUCUAUCUCUUACUACUUGAGAUAAAAAUCGUAACUAUCGUUGACGUAUAUAUAAUAUAAUGCGAUAACAGUGACUUAUCGGGUAUAUUGGGACAGCUUCAGAUUAUUGACAGCUAAAUACUGACAGUAGAAGGUAGUAAUUUAUCUCUUAUCGUAAGUAGAUAGUAUAUUGGGAACGGCCGUAAGUCGAGCUAGAUCAGUUUUUUUUGCUUCUACCUUAGUUCGUUAAGAUACAUUAGUGGCUGCCGCAGUUCGCUUGAUAAAAUUAAAUAAUUAAAUAACGCCUGCUACUUUUUCAUUUCCAAACAAUUUCUCGACUUCUAUUUCCCACAGCGGAUCGGAAAGUGUGGUUCUUGAAGAUAAUUUAGCGUUAUCAAAUCUUUUUAAUUUUUUCUGUUCAAAGAAUGUCAUUAAUUUAUAGCAAAUUACGCCCCUGUGUAGAAUCUUUCCUCUUUUACACAUUGUAGCGACACAAAUCAUGUAAUGAAAUUAAUAAGUAAAGUAAACAGAAACAAAAACAAAUUCAAGAAUGUGCGAGAGCACGAAAAUUGACGUUAGGGGACGUUAGGGUGCGACCUGAAGAAUCGUGGUUACCAGGCCAUACAAUCCAAAAAAAAAAUGAAGAAACGUGGCGUGUAAUAACGGCGUUUGUGAAAUGAACGCGUAGAAUGUUUAUUUUAAUGUAAACGACUGAUAGUUCUUCGAUAGCUUACUGAAUGUUGGAAUCCUUAAUAUAUAAACCAAUACGAAACCACCUCUCAGUUAACAAGAGGCAAAUUGCCUUCCCGUUAAUGUUAAUAAAUGUGUUAAUUUUAAGAUAGCAAAUUUUUGUUAUUGGUUAAACUCCCUCCAGAGAUUUAUGAUAGAUAUUAUUUCUCUUAUACAUACAUACAUGGACGUAGUUUUCCUGAAAAACGUUCCAAGGCAUAGACAUCACAUUUUAAGGAAUUGGUGUUUAAAGUUUAAUAAAUAUUAGUGCUAUUAGCUACUAAGUUAUGAUGUCAUUUAAAGAGUGACAGUAGGGCUGCCAUUUUUUGUCAGUCCGUUAAUAUGAAUCACGUGAUCAAUUUUGUGUUCUUAAUUCAAAUUCGACAUGAUUUUGGUUUGGAACGUUUUUCUGGAAUUACGUCAACAUGGUCAAACAAGGUGUAAGAGAAAUGUGUGAUGGCUAAAAAAUAUUGUAAAGAGUUAGUAUAUUUAUGAUUGAUGUUGAAAUUUUAAAAUUUUAAUAGACAUCUUAAUUGUAUAUCUUUGAUAAAGGAUAGAAAAUCAUGUAAUGGCUAAAUUAAGUGAUUUACUGAGCUUCUUAUCGUCAUAGUUAUAAAUAACGAUAUAAUGCCUAUAUUUUCUUUAUCGCUUAGAAUUUAUGGAAUGUAAAUAAGAGUUUUGUCAAUGUCGAAUUAAAUAGCAUUUUCUUAUACAAUUAAGCAAAUUAUGACCGUUGUUUAGAAAAAUAUUAUGGAUAUUAAAUAAAUAUAAUGCAGUUACAGUAUGUAGCACAUUGUUUAUUAAAUUACAUCAAGUGCUCUUUUGUUCAACUUUUUCUAGUCAGUCUAGGAAACCAGAUGAUAUUUAUUUAGAUGAUUUUUGAAAAUGUGAUUUUUAUGUAGAUACUUAUUCAAAAUUCAGACUCUUACCUACUCUAUGGUUCUACCAUUUAGAUCAUUUAUCGCUAUUAUAUUAUAUUAUUAUGCAGUUAUGCAAUAUAUAGGUAAUAAAAUUUUGUUGCUUCAUUUUGAACAAUAUGAUAACAUAACAUAAUUAGACUUAUUUCUUUCCUUCAAAAGGUUUCAGAAUAGAUCUCCGUUGAAUAAUUUUUUUUUCCAACUCCCGGGUAUGUUGUGACUUUCUUUCAGGAGGUUUUUUAAUAUUUUGAAAUAAUGAAGUUAAAUUAGUUUAUUAGAUAUUUUUAUCUUUUGCUAUUAUUGCAAAAAGAAUUAGAUAUUUUCUUAAAUCAUCUACUUUCUACAUGAAAGCCACCUGGCUCAUAAUUUUUUAGGACCGCUGAAAAAUGUUUUCCAAAAAAGCACUUAUAAAUAAGCUUGUUGUGUAUAUCGAGCAAAACUAAGGAAAUUGAUUGUAGUUUAUUUCAUAACUAUAUUUUACAUGGAAGUUUGUGUCUUUAGACGUCAAAUUUGCAUUUAUGGAUUAUUAUGGUGAUUACCUAUACUUUUAUAUUUUAUUGUAUUUUGAUAUUAGUACAAUUAUUUAAAUACAAAUAGAUUAGAAGUUAUUUAACACUUUAAC